AUGGCCAGAUCCAUGUUGGCCCUGUUCGUCGUCCUGGCGGCGGCCGGCUGCCUCCUGCCGGCGGCCCAGGCGUGGUGGUACCCAGGAACGGCCACGUUCUACGGCGGCGCCGACGGCUCCGGGACAAUGGGGGGCGCGUGUGGGUACGGGAACCUGUACAAUUCUGGGUACGGGGUCAACACGGCGGCGCUGAGCACGGCGCUGUUCAACGACGGCGCGUCGUGCGGGCAGUGCUACCUCAUCACCUGCGACACCGGCAAGUCGACGAUGUGCAAGCCCGGCACGUCCAUCACCGUGACCGCCACCAACUUCUGCCCUCCCAACUGGGCUCUCGCCAACGACAACGGCGGCUGGUGCAACCCGCCGCGCCAACACUUCGACAUGUCCCAGCCCGCCUGGGAGACGCUCGCCAUCUACCGCGCCGGCAUCGUCCCCAUCCUCUACCAGCAGGUGAGGUGCUCGAAGAUGGGAGGGAUCAGGUUCACCAUGGGAGGGUUCAACAACUUCGAGCUGGUGCUGAUCACCAACGUGGGCGGGCCGGGGUCGAUCCGGUCGGUGUCGAUCAAGGGGGAGAGGACGGACUGGAUCCAGCUGAGCCGGAACUGGGGAGCGAACUGGCAGUGCAACGCGCCGUUGGUCGGGCAGGGGAUCUCCUUCUCCGUCACCUCCACCAACGGCCAGACGCUCUACAUGUACAACCUCGUGCCGGCGUGGUGGGGGUUCGGCAUGACCUUCACCAGCAACCAGCAGUUCGGCUAUUAA